CCCAUAACUCGUAUUUCAAAGCAUGCAGGGGGUGAUGCAGCAGGGAAAGGCAGGUGCUGGAUGACCCCAAGCCUUGAGCAGGGGAAAAUCGUUAAUUUUGGGGGCAAUCCACACCCGCUGGGGAACCGGAGGCUGCGGGUCGCUCCCUCUCUGAGGAGGCUGCAGGUACUGACCCGGGGCCGGCAGCCCCAGCCCUUUGCUCCCUGGUAUAAAUCAUUUACCUGCCUGCGACCUUCGCUUCAGCCCCCAGCCGGGAAGGGGUGAGGGGGGGUUUGGCUGGGGGGUGACCGCUGUGCGGCAGCAUCCCGCGCCCCUCCCCCUGCUGGGUGCACCCCACUAUCCCGGCUCCACUUUGGCCCCUUUAUCUGCUGCGUGCUCCCCUUUGGUGGGUCCCUGUGCAGGGCUGGGAAGGCGGCCCAGUGCCGCCAGGAGGAGGAGGAGGAGGGGUGGGGAGAGGCCAUGCCGGAGCUUUGCCAGAUGUGGGAAAGGAGAGAAGGGGGAGACGCUUUCGCUGCUGCUUCCUGCCUUAUUGGGGACCCCCCCCGCCCCAGCCCCACGUCUUCCAGCCGCCACCACGCUCACGGCCCCGGGAUGAAGCCGCUCGCCUCGGCCAAGCCAACCAGCCUUGGGGCGCCGCGUGGGGCCCCACGUCUGCUUCUCGGGCUUCGGCAGCGGAUGUUGCCCCGGGUGGAUGCUGUCUCCGGGCAGCGGGCAGUGCACCCUGCCACUUUGCUCCUUUGGCUGCGGCAGUGGCUUGUGCAUCGCCCCCAACCUCUGCUCAUGCCCGGAUGGAGAGCAGGGCAUCACCUGCCCAGAGCCGCCGGGGACGUGCGGGGAGUACGGCUGCGACCUCUCCUGUAACCACGGCGGGUGCCAGGAGGUGGCCCGCGUCUGCCCCCUCGGCUUCUCCAUGGUGGAGACGGACAACGGCGUCCGCUGCACUGACAUCGACGAGUGCCUGAGUGCUGCCUGCGAAGGUCUCUGCGUCAACACCGAGGGCGGCUUUGUCUGCGAGUGUGGCCCCGGCAUGCAGCUGUCCGCCGACCGCCACAGCUGCCAGGAUACAGACGAGUGCCUGGCCACGCCGUGCCAGCACCGCUGCAAGAACAGCAUCGGCAGCUACCGCUGCUCCUGCCGGCCCGGCUACCACCUCCACGGCAACCGGCACUCCUGCGUGGAUGUCAAUGAAUGCCGGCGGCCGGGAGAGCGCCGAGCUUGCCAACACUCCUGCCACAACACGCCGGGCAGCUACCUCUGCUCCUGCCGCCCCGGCUACCGGCUCAGCGGCGACAGGGUCUCCUGCGAAGGCUACCCCAAAUCCAUCCUGGCCCCAUCACCCAUCCUCCAGUCCCUGCAGCAUCCGCCCACCCUUGUUCUUCUCCCUCCUGGCUCUGGGGGAUCCCUCCUUGGCCCCAGGGGCUCCCCCUCACCUCACCUCCCUGCUGCAGCUCCCGGGACCCAACUCCCUUCCUCCUCUCCCACCCCAACCACUGAACCAUCCCCACAUGCUGUGGGAGCCCCUGGUACCUCCACUCCCUCAGCCCCUCGCUGUUGGUACCAGGGGGCUCCCCGGGAGCCCGGAGCUCGCUGGACGGAGUUGGGGUGCCAGAGCUGCACCUGCCAAGGGGGGCGAGUGCUCUGCGAGGCCGUCAGCUGCCCUGUGUCCUGCUCCCACCCACUGCCUGCCCCAGCUGGGAGCUGCUGCCCCAGUUGCACAGGCUGCCUGCAUGAUGGGGUGACUCGGGCUGAGGGCGAUGUCUUUUCCCCAUCUGAUGGGAACUGCACCGUCUGCGUCUGCCUGGCUGGGAAUGUCUCCUGCAUCACCCCCGAGUGCCCCCCGGGCUCUUGCCCCGGCGCCUCGCCAGCUGACUGCUGCUCCUGCCAGCCAGCAAAGUGCAGUUUUCGGGGCCACACUUACGCACAUGGCACCCAGUUCAGCCUGGAUGGGGACGACUGUACCACCUGCAUCUGCCGGGGGGGUGAGGUGGAGUGUUCCUUCACCCCGUGCCCUAUGCUGGACUGCCCGCAGCACCAGCGGCACCUCAACCCCGGGCAGUGCUGCUUCACCUGCCGGGACCCCCCGGCCCCCCCUGCUGGUUGCUUUGUGGACGAUAACGGGGUGGAGUUUCCCAUCGGACAGAUCUGGUCUCCGGGCGAUCCCUGUGAGUUAUGCAUCUGCCAGGCAGACGGUUCGGUGAGCUGCAAGAGGACAGACUGCGUGGAGACAUGUCCCUACCCCAUCCACAUCCCCGGGCAGUGCUGUCCCGACUGCUCGGCAGGCUGCACCUACAUGGGAAGAAUUUUCUACAACAACGAGACCUUCCCCUCUGUCCUGGACCCCUGUCUCAGCUGCAUCUGCCUGCUGGGCUCGGUGGCCUGCUCACCCGUGGACUGUGCCAUCUUCUGCACCUACCCCUUCCACCCCGAGGGCGAGUGCUGCCCUGUCUGUAACGACUGCAACUACCAGGGGAGGAAGGUGGUGAACGGCCAGACCUUCACCCCCGAGGGACAGCCCUGCACCCGCUGUACCUGCCAGCUCGGUGAGGUGAGCUGCGAGAAGAGGCUGUGUCCCCGCUCCUGCGCAGAGCUCGCCAUGCUGCCCGCUGCCUGCUGCCCGCCCUGCCAAGCCACAGAUGUCCGGCUCCUGCUACAGAGUGGUGACUUGUCCUUGUCCCCAUCUCAUGAGGACCCCCCUACCAGCACCCUCAGCCCCCCACCAUUGACCUGGACUCCCCGCCACCGCCUGGCCCAGCUCCUGUUCCCCAACACACCCCCCCUCAGCCCCUCUCCGGGGAGAACAGGGGCUGAGGAGCCCCCUUCAACCACGCUGAGCCCUCCUGGGCACCAACUGACAGCCACACUGCCCCCCGACACACCCUCGGAGGCCGCAGCCCCCACAGGCACCCCCAGCUCGAGCCCCAAGGCUCAGGGACCCCCCGGAGAUGUGGAUCCCUCUGUCAUGCCACCGGCCAGCGGGGAGAGCCCCCGGCACACGGUUCCCUAGGGCCCAGGUGCCAUGUAUGCCUGUCACGGUGUGAGGAGGAGGAUGAAGAAGAGGAGGAUGAGGGGAUCUACAGGACCAGCAGGCCUGGCCCACCAGGCCCCCCCCGGGGUGGUGGGUGGCUGGGGAGGGGGUGCCAAGCAGGACAGGGUGGGUGACACCAUCCCCACUUCCACCGGUGCAUGGACACGGACCCCAUCUGCCCCAGGGGGCCGAUGGCAGGACCAGGGGCGGGACCAGCCCCCCUCCCCUCUCCCUCCUCGCACCUCCCUGGCUCUCUGGGUGCAGAAUGGGGGGAUGGGAGAUGCUCCUGGCCAGACUGGGGUGCUCUGAGCCAGCCCCCACUUGCAGCACGCACCCCUGGGCUGGGAACCGCCCCUGGCGUGAGGAGAGGGUGAGCUGUGUCCCCCGCUCCCC